AUGUCUGCUCCAUCAGCGUCCACAUCUUCCUCUGCAGAUCCGAGGCGAUCUGAUCACAUUGUCGAAUACAAACCUGAGGUUAAGCGUAUUGAAGAUGACGAUCCAGAUGUACACGGAUUCGUUGCUCUUUGUGCUGCACUCCAUUUGAUCAUGCACCAUAUCAUUUCGAUCCGUCUUCGAAACCGAACCUGUCUUUGGUUAGGGAUGAUAUUCUCAGUUGAAUCAUACCUCAAUCAACGCGCAAGUGAAGGUGGACUCAUGGGUUCACCAACUGCAACCAUCUUGUUUUCAGUCUCUUCACUCGUGAUGAACUACAUGCCAGAAAUCCUUGCUGCAUACUCUGGCGUGAAAACCUGA